AUGGAUAAAUACGGUGAGGAUACGAAACUGAUAUUCAACUUGGAAAAUCAGGGUGGAGAUGCUUACAGUUUGAGAUACGAUAUGACAGUUCCAUUUGCAAGGUACGUGGCAUCGAAGAAGAUAGCGAACUACAAGAGAUUCACCAUUGGAAACGUGUACAGAAGAGACAAUCCAAGUAAAGGAAGACUAAGGGAGUUUACGCAGGCUGAUAUCGACAUCACAGGCGUAUUCAAGGGAAUGAAGCUGAUUUAUGAGGCAGAAAUAAUCAAGGCAGCUGACUCAAUACUGGGGGGAAUAAGAAGGUGUUUCAGUCCGUAUAAGGUUGAAUUGGGAAACUACAGAAUAAAGUACAACGAUAGGAGAAUCAUUUGGGGAAUGCUGGAUCUGCUUGAAAUUGGAGAUGAGAACAAGAUGCCAAUUUGUUCAACAAUCGACAAGUUCGACAAGUUGAAUGAAGAGGAGUUUCUGGCAGAGUUGGAGAGCAAGGGAAUGAGGAAGAAGAAGGAGCUACUGAACCUGUUGAAAGAGGACGGAAAUGAGGCAUUGAGACAGCUGGAAGCAAUGGCAAGUGGCAAGGAAAAUGAGAGAAUGGCGGCAAUGAGGGAGGCAAUUGGAGACCUGGAGGAGUUGAGAAAGUUGCAGGUGAUUUUUGGGGUGGAAACAGUCAAAUUCGAUUUGACCCUGGCACGUGGAUUGACGUACUACACCGGAAUGAUAAUUGAGGCUGUUUUUGAGGAUGCAGAAGUUGGAAGCGUAGCAGGCGGAGGGCGAUACGACAAGUUGGUUUACGAACUGAGUGGAUUUGAUACGCCUUGCAUUGGAUUCAGCAUAGGAGUGACACGUGUGAUGCAUGCUGUGAUGGCUCAGAGCAAGACAAGCGAGUUGGAGAGGCUGAUUGAGACGAGUGUUUUGGUAGGGUCGGCAUUUGGAGACAUGUUCGAGAAGAAGAUGGAGCUUCUGAGCAGAAUACGACAGGAAUUCAGUGCAUGUGUGGUUCCAGGAACAAACCUGGACUUCAGGGGACAGAUUGAGUAUGGAAGAAAGAAAAACUACAAGUUGGUUGUGCUGACAGGGGAGAAAGAGGCGGAAGUAGGAAAAGUGGUAGUGUACGACAUCGGAAGCAACAAGAAGAGUGAAAUUGACGAGCGGGAUUUGAUGGAUGUUCUACGAGAUACUUUAGGAAAUAAAAAUUAA